CCCCCAGGCGCGCGCCCGCCCCUCCGGCGCCACGUGGUUGCGGGAGGCGGCGCGGGGGCCGAGCCGGGAAGAUGUUCUUGCUGCCUCUUCCGGCUGCGGGGCGAGUCGCCGUCCGACGACUGGGGGUGAAGCAUUUCUGGGUCCAGGGUCGCUCCGUCGCAAACAUGACCAAGGGCCUUGUGUUAGGAAUCUAUUCUAAAGAGAAAGAAGAUGAUGGGCCACAGUUUACAACCGCAGGAGAGAAUUUUAAUAAAUUGGUGGCUGGAAAGCUGAGAGAAAUUUUGAACUUAUCUGGACCACCUCUGAAGGCAGGCAAGACCCGAACCUUUUAUGGUCUGCAUCAGGACUUCCCCAGUGUGGUGCUAGUCGGCCUUGGCAAAAAGGGAGCUGGAAUCGACGACCAGGAAAACUGGCACGAAGGAAAAGAAAAUAUCAGAGCUGCUAUUGCAGCGGGAUGCAGGCAAGUUCAGGACUUGGAGCUGUCCUCCGUGGAGGUGGAUCCCUGUGGGGAUGCCCAGGCCGCUGCCGAAGGAGCGGUGCUUGGUCUCUACGAGUACGAUGACCUAAAGCAGAAAAAGAAGACGCCUGUGGCAGCGAGGCUCUAUGGAAGUGGGGACCAGGAGGCCUGGCAGAGGGGAGUCCUCUAUGCUUCCGGGCAGAACCUGGCACGCCAACUGAUGGAGACUCCAGCCAAUGAGAUGACGCCAACCAGAUUUGCCGAGAUAAUUGAGAAGAAUCUCAUAAAUGCUAGUAGCAAAACAGAGGUCCAUAUCAGACCCAAGUCUUGGAUUGAAGAACAGACUAUGGGAUCAUUCCUAAGUGUGGCCAAAGGGUCUGACGAGCCCCCUGUGUUCUUGGAAAUUCACUACACAGGUAGCCCGAAUGCAAGUGAACAGCCCCUCGUGCUUGUCGGGAAGGGAAUUACAUUCGACAGUGGCGGUAUCUCCAUCAAGGCUUCUGCAAACAUGGACCUCAUGAGGGCAGACAUGGGAGGGGCUGCAACUAUCUGUUCAGCCAUCGUGUCUGCAGCAAAGCUUAAUUUGCCUAUUAAUGUCAUAGGUUUGGCUCCUCUUUGUGAAAAUAUGCCCAGUGGCAGGGCCAACAAGCCUGGGGAUGUCGUCAGAGCCAGGAAUGGGAAGACCAUACAGGUUUGUAAGUGGAAAACACAGCAUUCCCCAUUGGCAGGGCCUCACAACAUCCCAUGGUGGCCCCUUCAACUUCAGUGGGAGCAGAGCCCUGGCACCAUGUUAAGGGAGACUGGAUUCUUUGGUGCUGACUUGUGUCUUGCAGGUGCCAUGGACAUAGCUUUGGGUUCAGGUGCCACUGGAGUCUUUACCAACUCAUCCUGGCUCUGGAACAAACUAUUUGAGGCCAGUAUUGAAACAGGGGACCGUGUCUGGAGGAUGCCUCUUUUUGAACAUUAUACAAAACAGGUGGUAGAUUGCCAACUUGCUGACGUUAAUAACAUUGGGAAAUACCGCUCUGCGGGAGCAUGCACAGCAGCAGCAUUCCUGAAAGAGUUUGUGACUCAUCCUAAGUGGGCACAUUUAGACAUAGCAGGUGUGAUGACCAACAAAGAUGAGGUUCCCUAUCUACGGAAAGGCAUGACCGGGAGGCCCACGAGGACCCUGAUAGAGUUUUUGCUGCGUUUCAGCCAAGACAGUGCUUAGUUCCAAUGCUCAGCCAUUUCUUCAUUCUGUCUUUAGUUGGACAGUUGAGCAUCAAAAGAUUUUUGAAUGAAUGGAUGAAAAUCUUGGAAACAAGGGAUGAUAUUUAAAAAUGUAAAAUUCCAGUAAAAUUUGUAUGCCUUGGUUUGUUGGUUUUUUUUUCAUUUUAUGCAAAGAUUGUCUUGUUUGGCAAGGAUUUUUAAGAUAUUCCAUCAGUGAUGAUUAAAUUUUAUAAGACUUCCUAAUCACUUCUCAGAGUAUAUGUUUUUAAUUGAGAAGCAAAAUUGUUAUUUCAGAUUUGUGAUGCUAGUAAUGUGAACGAACUAGAAGUUACUAUGCAGUUGUCAGAAAUAAAUAAAUCCAACUUUCUCU